GAUUUUUCAUUUGCGGCGAGGGAAUCGAAGUAAAAGUCGCGCGAGGGAGUGUUCUAAAAUCGUGUGAAUUGUUUUGUGACGAUUUAAGAAAUUGGGUUGGCGCCGCGCCGCGCCGCGCCUCAGUCGCCUCGCAGAUACGCUUCCGACCUCCGCCUCCGCCUCCGCCUCCGCGCUCAGAUUCUGCUGUCCUUCCUUUACCUCCCGCUUCGUUCUGGUCUGCUCGGCGCUGUUGAUUGAAAUCGAAAUGAAGAGGGACAGAGAUUUCAUCGAGUUAUCGGAGGAUGAAUGGUCGGUUCACUCUGAUUCCUUCAACCCCUCGCGCGUCCUCAAGUCUCGGAACCCUUCUCCGCCUCCCAUCGAGUCCUUCUCUUUUUCUAAAACCCACGCCAAGGGCGGCGCUUCAAAUACCAUUGAAGUAAUCGAGAGCUCGCCUUCCGGAGAGUAUGGAGAUGCGGGAAACGCGAAUGAAUUUGAGGAUUUGGAGGACGAGGAUGUGGAUAUGGAGGUGAGAAAGACUCCUGCCAUGGUUACUCGCGGAAAUCGAUUUGUGAUCGCCGACGACGACGACGACGACGAUUAUCGCGGUCAAUUGGGGGGCGAAUUUAGCGACGGCGAGGAUUGGUUUCCGGAGGAAGAGAAGAAUCACCACAAGGAGGAGGAAGACGAUGUUGUUAAGAAGGCUCUCCGAAAGUGUGAGAAAAUUUCGGCCGAAUUGAAGCGGGAGUUGUAUGGUUCGAGUACGACAGUUUGUGACAGGUACUCGGAGGUGGAGAUGGGAUCCUCCGGUGCAAGAAUUGUUAACCAGGAUGAUGUAAAUGAAGCUUGUGGAGUAGAAGAUUCGGAAUUUCAGCCAUUGCUGAAGCCAUACCAGCUUAUUGGAGUCAAUUUUCUUCUGCUUUUAUAUAGAAAGAAGAUUGGUGGAGCUAUAUUGGCUGAUGAGAUGGGUCUUGGCAAGACAGUCCAGGCCAUAACAUAUCUGACCCUGUUGAAGCAUUUGGAAGAUGACCCUGGUCCUCAUUUAAUAGUAUGUCCUGCUUCUGUUUUGGAGAACUGGGAAAGAGAGCUUAAAAGAUGGUGCCCAAUGUUCACGGUGCUUCAAUAUCAUGGUUCCACACGAACAGCUUAUUCAAAAGAGUUGAGCUCUCGUGCAAAGUCUGGGCGGCCACCUCCAGCUGAUGUUAUUCUUGUUUGCUAUUCAAUUUUUGAACGUCACAGUCUCCAGCAGAAGGAGGAUCGCAAAAUUCUCAGGCAGUGGAAAUGGAGUUGUGUGCUAAUGGAUGAAGCUCAUGCUUUGAAGGACAAGAACAGUUACAGGUGGAAAAAUCUGAUGUCAGUAGCAAGAAAUGCAAAGCAACGUCUGAUGCUCACAGGGACACCGAUGCAAAAUGAUUUGCAUGAGCUGUGGUCAAUGUUGGAGUUUAUAAUGCCUGAUCUAUUUGAAACUGGAAACGUUGACUUGAAGAAGUUGUUGAAUGCCGAAGAUAAAGACUUAAUCUCUAGAAUGAAGUCCAUUUUAGGGCCAUUCAUUCUUAGACGGGUGAAAUUAGAUGUAAUGCAGCAGCUUGUUCCAAAGAUGCAAAAGAUUAAGUAUGUGCACAUGGAAAAACAACAAGAAGAUGCUUAUAAAGAAGCCAUAGAGAAUUAUCGGGCUGUAUCUCAGGCUCGCAUCAAGUCUUCCGGUUCAAAUAGUGUGACUAAAACACUCCCUCGACGGCAAAUUUCUAAUUAUUUUCUCGAGUUUCGGAAGAUUGCAAAUCAUCCGUUACUGGUGAGACGAGUCUAUACAGAUAAUGAUAUUGUUCGGUUUGCUAAAAUGUUACAUCCAAAAGGUGUAUUUGGCUUUGAGUGUACUCUAGAACGUGUGAUCGAAGAGCUCAAGGGCUAUAAUGACUUCUCCAUUCAUAAGCUUCUGCUUUACUACGGAGAGACUGGUAUGAAAGGAAUUCUUACUGAUGAGCAUGUUAUGUUUUCAGGAAAAUGUCAGGCAUUGGCUGAACUUCUCCCUGCACUAAACCGGUCUGGUAGUCGUGCUCUAAUUUUUAGCCAAUGGACUUCAAUGCUUGAUAUAUUGGAGUGGGCUUUGGAUGUUAUUGGUGUAACUUAUAGACGCCUUGAUGGAAGUACACAGGUGACCGAGAGACAGACCAUUGUGGAUACCUUCAACAAGGACACUUCAAUAUUUGCAUGUUUGCUGUCCACAAGAGCUGGAGGACAGGGUCUGAACUUGACUGGAGCUGACACUGUUAUCAUUCAUGACAUGGAUUUUAAUCCACAGAUUGAUCGUCAGGCUGAAGAUCGCUGCCAUCGUAUUGGGCAGACCAAGCCUGUUACCGUUUACAGGCUGGUGACAAAAGAUAGCGUUGACGAGAACAUAUAUGAGAUUGCUAAAAGGAAGCUAAUAUUGGAUGCUGCAGUUCUGGAAUCGGGAAUAGAAGUGGAUAAUGAAGGUGAGAUGGGUGAUAAGACCAUGGCUGAGAUAUUAUCGUCAUUGUUGCUGCGCUAGCGCUGAUGCUAAUGCUAAGCAGGUACAUUUUGAUUGGUUGCCCCUAUUUGGUGAAUUGGCCUAAAUCCUACUUCACUACUGUAUCAUUUAUCUGUUGUAGUUGAUUCGGGUUGGAGAAGCAAACUCUCUCUCUCUCACGCACACACACAGCCUUCGAAAAAGAUAUAUAUUCUAACCACAGCUACUGCUAUGGUAGGUAACUUAUUCAGUGGUUUCAAAUUAAAUGUCACGGGGUAGGAACCGCUCGUGACUGUAAAAUUGUGUGUUCUAAUUUUGGACGUCUCUAGUUCUGCCUUGA